AUGACCAUGACCGAAAGCUCUUUGUCAAGUGCUAUCGCAAAGAGUGCACUCGAAUUUUGGGAUGCAAAUGCUCCAGUUUGGGACGAUGUAAUGCGAGAGGAUGGGAAUGAUUACUGGACCGUCCUUGAGAUGCCAGCGCUUCAACGGAUGGCUGAAGUGAAACCAGGUGACUCUGCACUUGACCUUGCAACUGGGAAUGGACUUGUGGCCAGGUGGUUGGUAGAAAAUGGCGCUUCCACGGUUUCUGCCACUGAUGGUAGUUCUGCCAUGCUUCAAUAUGCUAUAAAGCGGACCUCAGAUUGGGCUACAGCUCGUGGACCUCAGCACGAAGACAGCAUCACAUUCAAAACUCUGAACGUGGUGGACCGCGAUCAGGUCAAUUUAUUCGUGCAAGAAGUGUCGGAAUACAAGCCCGCAGGCUUUGAUGUGAUUACCAUGAACAUGGCGAUUAUGGAUAUCCCAGAUCUUGUGCCACUGGCUCACCUUAUCUCUGUCGUAUUAAAGGCUCACAGCGGACGCUUUAUUGCGACAAUCCUACAUCCAUUAUUCUUCACCUCAGGCGCAUCAAGGCAUAUUGAAGCAUCUGAGGACUCGGAAGGAAAUCGGGUGAUUGACCGGUCCAUCGUCGUGAGGCAGUAUCUCGAUGUACCGCCGAGGAAGAUUGCUCCCAUCACAAGCGAUCAGCCAGCUAGACAGAUCGCAUUUCACAGACCGAUGCAUCAACUUCUGGCUCCAUUCUUCGCUGCGGGUCUGGUGAUGGAUAGAUUGGAAGAGCCAAACUUCGACGAAUCCUUCAUCGACAAGGUCAAGCCGUAUGCUUCGAAGAACUACUCGCAGUUGCCCAAGAUUCUAGCUUUUCGUCUAAGGCGUAUCUAA